CGCCGAAUACCAGACGGAUAGUCCUUAUAUUGUGGAUGAUUUUGAUUAUGAAAGUAUCUUUUUGACCGGGGAUGAAAUUCCAUUGGAUGAGAAAAUUGAACGACUUAAUUUUCUUCAGAAUGAGGUCGAGCAAAGUUCUCCGGAAUCACUGAAAGAGUUUCUGAAAGCCUGCUUUCCCGAGUUUUCUGAAAAUAGGAUUGACGUCUUACUUUUGGAAAAUGAUAAUAAUGCUGAGACAGUUUCGGAUAUCAUUCUGAAUGAAAUAUGUUUGGCGGAGCAGACAAAUUGUGUAUAUUAUGAUUCUUUCCCUCUGACACCACCUAUUUCAGAGCGAGAUGAUGAUUUCUCGGUAUCUGACUCACGAUCUAAACAUCGAAAAAAGAAGAGACAUCGAAAAUCAAAAAAACAAGGCAUUGUCAUAUUUCAAAACAAUGCACUCCGGCCGAAUUCGAUGCCUAGUAGUAACCCAUCAUCACCUCAAAUGCCGUCUUCAUCAUCACCUCAAAUGCCGUCUUCAUCAUCACCUCAAAUGUCAUUUUCGCCAUCAUUUCAAGAUCUGUUUUUAUCAGAUGGUGCAAUUCUUAAUCUUGAGACUAGACAAUAUCAGGAUACGCAGAAGAAAGUAAAUUCGCGCAAUUAUGUGAAAUCGACAUCAGUUACGACUUUUCGUACUUCGAAAUCAUUGUCUACAGGUGAAUGUAUGAAGAAACGUAAUGAGGCCUUUAAAAAAGCUGUCAAUGCAUUCCAAAAAUCUAAAGGUUCACGCAACGGUGAAGGUGGUAUUGCAUUUCAUUAUUCAACUGAGAGAAACGGGGAUGCCAAUCUUUUAGACCUUCAUGGACUUCGCGUCGACGAGGCUUUAGUUGUAGUAAAAGAAAAGUUAGAUGAGUGGUAUCCAAAAGAAAUGAUAAGAGGUAAUCAUUCACCUAAUGGUGUGGCAAGAUUGCGAACGGAAGUCAAUCGCUUAUUGAUUAAAAAUAAUUGGGAUAUAUCCGAAUACAAAGG